AACAUCGAAAAAAUUCCACGGAUAGCGACAAUGGCGAGAAUCUCAGUAGCGCUUUGCUUCGCCCUAGUGGCUUUGGUAGCUCAUGGCCAUGUACUGAGACCCGCGAAUACAAAUGCUCAACCAAUAGAAACCAAGGAGGCGUGCUUGCUUCAGCUAGAAAAAGUGGCCACGUCGAUUUUUCAACUUCACAAUGGUAUGCUCGUUGCUUUAAAUGGAACAACAAUAAAUAAGGAUGUACUGAUGAAGAUACAGCUAGCCUUUGAGACAAUUAAUGACGUCGCAACGGUAUUGAAGCCUCCGAGUGACACCGAGCAGGACCCGAGCGCAAUAAGAGCUGCAAUUGAGAACUGUGGCCUCGCGGUGGAAACUGGUGAAAAAGCUGUGGAAUCUAUGGCGGCCUACAUGCUUAAAAAUGGUUACUUCAAGUCUAAUUAAUCAGGCGAGAUUACCAGUAGUGAGAGAAAAACCAAAUGAGUGGAUUGCUCACAUUCUCAUAGUUUUCGGAAAUCAUUCGUCGUUGAUAAUUAGAUUUUUUUCUUUUUUAAUUGAAAAAGGCCUUGUUUACAAGGAAAUUAAUUAGACAAACUCAAUAACUAUAAACAUCGUGCAAAGUGAGGAUGUUUUUGUUGAUAACCAACUUCACAUAAAAUGCAUUUAUACCUCAUUUCUAAUCCUUAUGAUGAAAUGAGGAAAAAUUGAAACGAUGGUUAGAAAAAGAGCUCGCAUAAAAACGUAAAUUUGAUAAAACCCUGCAAUUAAUUUGAACCGAAAUAAAACGAUUGGAAAAAA